CACUUCAGUGCCUCUCCAGUCUCUGCUCCAGAAGUCCAGCAGCCGUCAGCCAUGAGGAUCCUUCACUUCCUCUUCUCCAUCCUCCUCGUAUUCUUACUGACCCUGCCAGAUUUUUCUAAAGCUGUGAACAAUCCUGUCAGUUGCUACAAAAAUGGAGGCUCAUGCACAUUCAAAUGUGGAACCCAUCAGAAAUACAUCGGCACCUGUGGCUUCCCUUUCUCCAAAUGCUGUAGAUGAUAGCAAAGAAGCCAAGAGACUACUGUGACAUACGUGGAGCCAUAAAUUUGUCAUAGAAAAAGGAUCUAUCUAAUUAAAACGCUGCUCAAAUGAA